CGCCUCUCCUUUGCAGUCUCCACGCCAUUUCCACAAGCCACAACACAAAUCCUCUCAAGCACACAAAAAUGGCCUCAACAGCUCUCUCAAGCGCCAUCGUCGGAACAUCCUUCCUCCGCCGCCAAACAACUCCCAUCAGCCUCCGUUCCCUCCCCUCAGCCAACACUCAAUCCCUCUUCGGUCUCAAAUCAGGCACCGCACGCGGCGGACGCGUCACCGCCAUGGCUACAUACAAGGUCAAGUUCAUCACUCCAGAAGGUGAGCAAGAGGUUGAGUGCGACGACGACGUCUACGUCCUCGACGCUGCGGAGGAAGCCGGGAUCGACUUGCCUUACUCUUGCCGUGCUGGUUCGUGCUCAAGCUGUGCCGGCAAAGUUGUGUCUGGAUUUGUUGACCAGUCUGACCAGAGUUUCCUCGAUGAUGACCAGAUUGCUGCAGGGUUUGUUCUCACUUGUGCGGCUUAUCCUACCUCUGAUGUUACCAUUGAGACCCACAGAGAAGAUGACAUUGUUUAAAACAAAAGCUCCAUAACAUGCUUUUGAUGGUUUCAUAAUCAUUGUCUUUACAUUUUGGGUUGAGUUUGUUGCUACUUAGUAAAAUCUAUUGUUGUCUGUUGUAAUUUUUCUUGCUUUGGCCCACCUUUUGGUAAGAUCAAUGGAUAACAGUGUAAACUAUGAUCAUGCAAAUUCUGGAAAACUUUUGAUGAGAAUCAAACAUUAUCUUUAAACA